AUGCAUACCACAACUAUUUUUGACCAAACUGCUCGCACUAGAACUGGCUCCUUUGCCUGCUACGAUGACAUCAAGACCAUAGCUGGUGUUUUAUCAUGUAAUGAUAUUGUGGCAGAAUUCGAUAAUGGAACCACCCCUUUGAUCCAACAAAGCCUAUCUAGCAAACAGCCCAUACAUUUUAUGCCUACUAAAGUUAGUAAUGAUACUGAAUAUGUAAAUGGGAUCUCCACUUAUAUUUUGCAUAUCACUGAUACUUUGAUUAAUGGGCAAAAGGCAGUCAUAAAUAUUACAGACAUCAAACUCUUUUUUGAUGUUGAAGUACCUGAAGAGAUGCUAUUAUCUAUGUUUAAGACCAAAUUAGUUAAAAUAUUAUCUAAUAUUCUUAAUAGCACAUCGAAGUUUGGAAUUGAGACUAUUAGUGCUUUCUCACUUCAAGGGUAUCAUACAGAAAAGAAACUAUAUAUUCAUGUGAGAACAUGGAACUACUACAACCGGUAUAAUGCAUUAAAAGCAGUUCGUGCUGUUGGUAUGUAUACAGCUUCGGAUGAUCUAAAUUGCCAGUAUUAUUACUGCAAAGUAGCCUGUAAAGAAAGAUUACCUCUUUCAAGUUGGGCAGUAUUAAAUGAUUAUUUAUAUGAACACAUUCAGGGGGAGGUCCUAUCCAGUACAAUCUUAAAAGAAGAAACUAGAACUGAAAAAUAUCCUGGAGCUUAUGUUUUCUCACCAGUAAAAGGUCUCAAAAAUAGACAUCCUAUAACUGGCUUAGACUUUGCAUCAUUGUAUUUGAGCCUUAUCAUAACUUACAAUCUCUCAUCUAAUAAAAUAAUUUUAUCUCAAGAGGAUGCUAAACAAAGUGAAAAAGGUCUCUAUGUUAAUAUAUUGGAAUAUUUAUCUGGCAAACAGAAUAAGAUGAAGAAAUGCCUUGCCUCUUUAAAAGAAACAAAAGAAGACAUAGGACUGGUAAUAGGUUUAAUGGAUAAAGGUUUGUCAUUACCAGAAGCUAUCGAGCAGGUUUUAGCAAAAGCAGAGGAGAAAAAAUCUGAAGCUCUACAACUUAUAAAAAAGGGCUUGACAUCAGAACCUUAUCUUUACCAAAUUUCAGAACCAGGCGAGCACUUUGAAUAUAUUGUAGUUGAAAAUAAUUUAUCACAGAAGGUAGGAGAUAAAAUGGAGUAUCCUGAGCCAUCAUCUGAAUCCAUAGAAAAAUCGAAGAAUGGCAAAGAUUUGGAUAAAGAUGAUGUAUUAAAUAUGAAAGAUACCUUAGCACAGAAAUCAGCUAAAAAUAAAGUAGUAAAAUGCUCAGGUAAUGUUGGUUAUUACACUUCCUUCCUUAAUGCACUAGAUAAACUAGAAGAAUCUGCCCACUUAAAGGUUUUGUUAUUGCUCAAAGAAAUUUCUAAAAUCGAUGAAUGUUAUAAAGAAGAAAUGUAUAAAUUAGUUACUAAGUCCAGUAAGCGUAAAUCGAAAGCUAUGAUCUUAGAAAAAUAUAUAUUAUCAUAUGAUCUAGAAAAUGAGUAUAAGCUACUAGCAAAUUUCUGA